AUGGCUCCUAAAAGAAAUCCCACACAAACCACAACCGUGUAUAGCACAGAUACAGAAACUUCCGCUGGUCACGUUAACAAUCAAGCUGUGACUCGUCGUGAUCUGGACAUGCUAACGCGCAACCUCACUGCCGCCUUUUCCGAACAACUCCGCGCCGUCAUGAAUAACAAUAACCCGCCUCAGCAGCAGGUAUUGGAAGAAAUGGCGGACCAGAUUAAAAAUCUUCGCGAGAGAAUCGAACCUCAAGAGUUGUCUAAAUCCCGCGGAUCUCAGGAUGGAAACUCGAGGAUGUCACAUUCCAGCAGACGCAAUAAGAAGAGGCGGGAGAGAUCGAGAUCCCGCACAAGUUUCAGUAGGAGUAAUCCACAAGAUCGCGUAUCCAAGACCGCCUCCCAAGAUGUCCGGACCUAUCUAGAAAGCAAAAAGCAGAAGGCAUCCGAAAGCGUCCAAUCGCUGGUGGAUAGAAGGAGGCAAGAGAGGAAGAAGGCGCAGCUCGCAGGAUCUAGCUAUCCCGGGAGUCCUGUCACCACGCCCCGGAAUGAGGUCGAGGUAAAUAACCUCCCUGAAGAUGCUACGCCAAUAAUCUCCCCAUUGGCUCCAGAAAUACUAAAUAUCCCCAACCCGGGGAGAAUAAAAAUCCCAAACAUGACGGCAUUCGACGGCACGUCAUGCCCCGAAGAACACUUGAUGGCUUACAAAAAUUUGAUGGUGCUGCACACUACCAACCCAUCCUUGUGGUGUAAAUUCUUCCCAACUACUCUUACUGGAGUAGCCUUGACAUGGUACACCUCCCUUCCGGGAGGAAGUAUCCAUAACUUUGCCCAAUUAGAAGGCAAAUUCCUAGGUCAUUUUGUGGCAUCCAGGAGGCAGGAGAAAUUAAACUUCCAUUUGCUUAGCAUAACGCAACUGGAAGGGGAAUUCAUAUCAUCUUACUUAAAGAAAUUCCAUGAGGCAGUACUGGAGGCACAUGACCCAAAAAGGCGAAAGUCUGAAAAGAAAGAUGUCGCAUCCUCCCAUCAAUAUUUAUGGAACAGAGAGGAGCAUUCGUCAAGGAGGGACAGGAAUUACAUGCCGCGUGGUCCAGAGCCCCCGUCAGACAUGGGACUUCCACGAUCCCGGCACGUAAAUAUCGCGGAAGGGGAGUCCAGGACGCGGAAUUUGCUAGACGGAGGUAACGACCCGAUGUUCAAUCGAAACAGGAAGGACAUUUUCUUUGCUUGCCGCGAACUCAAACGUAUCCUACAUCAAUUGGCUGAUGAAGGAAAACUGUCGAGGUUCGUUAACCGAAGGGACUAUGACGCAAGAGGAGAAGCGGAAAGAAGGCAGUGGAAUCAAAGAUGCGGAUCCCCCAAGAAAGAUGAGGCAAGGCGUGAAAGUUCCAACACACAAGGAACUAUCAACGUAAUUUUCGGAGGAUACACUGAAGAAUAUCCUACCAUUCGAGCCGCGAAGGAUAGCGUCCAUACUCUGCUGAAAGGACCUCUAAAAACCGUAUCAAAGGGACCGAUCAUGAGAUUUGAUGCCACUACUUCCCAACUGUUGCAACAACCACACACUGAUCCUUUAGUGGUUACCAUCAAGAUUGGGCAAAUGAUGGUGAGGCGAGUAUUGGUGGAUACCGAAAGCACAGCCGAUCUUAUAACGAUGGAAUGCCUAAGAAAAAUGAAAUUCGAAGAAAAGCACCUGCAACCCCUUAAUAAACCUUUGAUUGGGUUUGGAGGAAACCAGGUCAUUCCAAUGGGAACAAUCAUACUCCCUGUACGAGUAGGGGAAAGAAGCGGAAGCAGAACAAUGCCCGUGCGAUUCACGGUGGUAGAUCUAGCGUUCCCCUACAACGCCAUCAUGGGACUCCCACUCAUCAACAAGAUCAAAGCGGCAAUCUUCCCUCACCAACUCUUGUUACAGUUUGAGCAGGACGACGGACAAGUGGGCAUCCUCAAAGGAGACCAGGUAAUGGCCCGCCGAUGUCUCAUCAACACCAUGAAACGAGGAACUUCCGUCAUCCCUUCUAAAAGAGGAAGGGGAGAAAAUCUUCAAAAUGAAGAGUUGACGGACGUACUUGACAUCCGUUCACACAACCUUAAGUUAUCAAGUAUCCGACGCCUACUGAACUUCCUUAUUGCAAAUCUUGUUAAAAUCAGUGUUUUCCAUAGACUCAGCAGAAAUCAGUGGCAUCUACGUUACUGGUCAGUUGCCGCAUCAUCCAUACUAGCUGUGGAAUGUGUUGAGGUCACGUCAUCCUCGUUAACGUUGUACUUUAUCGCAAUUCCUUCAAGCGCUGAUCUAAGUCACGACCAACAUGGUAGGCACCAACACGCCCAAUCCGUAAAGUCGACAAAUUGGGCCCCUUAUAUUUGCUAA